AUCAAUCCUGUGUUCCUCUCACCAGAGCACUCCCAGGAAACGGAAAGCCUGAGGGAGGCUCUGCUGUCCUCUCGAUCCCACCUUCAAGAGCUAGAAAAGGAGCUGGAGCACCAGAAGGUGGAAAGGCAGCAGCUUUUGGAAGACUUGAGGGAGAAGCAGCAAGAGGUCUUGCAUUUCAGGGAGGAACGUCUUUCCCUCCAGGAAAACGACUCCAGACUGCAGCACAAGCUGGUUCUCCUGCAGCAACAGUGUGAAGAGAAACAGCAGCUCUUUGAGUUCCUCCAGUCAGAGCUACAAAUCUACGAGGCACUUUAUGGCAAUUCCAAGAAGAGGCUGAAAGAUUCAGCUGUGUCCCCUCCAGUCCGGGAUGUUGGUAUGAAUUCCCCAGCUCUGGUCCUCCCCAGCUCUGCUUCCUCUACUCCUGGCUCAGAAACGGCCAUAAUCAACAGAACAGAUGGCUUGGGUUUGGAUACUUCUCCAGUAAUGAAGACCCCUCCCAAGCUGGAGGGUGAUGCUACUGAUGGCUCCUUUGCCAAUAAGCAUGGCCGCCAUGUCAUUGGCCACAUUGAUGACUACAGUGCCCUAAGACAGCAGAUUGCGGAGGGCAAGCUGCUGGUCAAAAAGAUGGUGUCUCUUGUGAGAUCAGCGUGCAGCUUCCCUGGCCUUGAAGCCCAAGGCACAGAGGUGCUAGGCAGCAAAGGCAUUCAUGAGCUUCAGAGCAGCACCAGCGCCCUGCACCAUGCCCUAGAGGAGUCGGCUUCCCUCCUCACCAUGUUCUGGAGAGCGGCCCUGCCAAGCACCCACAUCCCUGUGCUGCCUGGCAAAGUGGGAGAAUCAACAGAAAGGGAACUUCUGCAACUGAGAACCAAAAUAUCCAAACAGGAGCAGCUCCUUCAGAGCACAACUGAGUGUCUGAAGAUGGCCAACCAGCAGAAGGAGAGCAUGGAGCAGUUCAUCGUCAGCCAGCUAACCAGAACACACGAUGUUUUAAAGAAGGCAAGGACUAACUUAGAGGUGAAAUCCCUAAGGGCUCUGCCGUGUACUCCAGCCUUGUGACCCUUGCCUUCCAGGAACCAUGCAAGAAGCGCAGCCACCAGCAGUCCUUAAAACAGCACGAAAGGUGGGCCUGUCCUCCUUUUGUGCAGCUACCUAUCUGCUGAGGAGCGUCUGGGCCUCAUUCCUCCGAGUCCACCGGAGGGUCCAGAAGAGGGAGUCAGACAUGUAUCCUGGUGGGGCUGGGAGAAAGGCAGAAAGCCUUUCUGACAGCUAUGGAAUACCGUUAGCCAAGGUCCACUUGGCCCAGCACUAAGCAAAAGAUGCGUAGUUUGCAUAGAAGGUUUUGUGAUAUUGCCUCUCAACAGCCCCAGCAGCUUGGGAACUGGCAACAGCACAUUUCUUGCCUCAUCAGCUGUCCUGAGAUGGAAAACUCAGUGGAUAUGGGACCCUGAUUCUGAUGAAAGGGGCAUGUGGUCCCAAUGCUGGAGCUUCUCUGACAGGUUCUAAAAGCACACUACUGAGCAGCGGUGCCCUGCCGGACACUGCUGGCGGGGGCUCAGUGAGCACUACUCACAGAUGCACACCUGACCCUGUUGGGUUGAGUCAGGCGGGCUUUGGUC